GGGAGUCGCCAUGAUUCUCCCACUCCAGACAGACGCAGGUUAAGAUCUUUUCUGGUACUUUCGUGGAGCUACACAGAAUAUUAGAAAUGGGUUAGAUCUGGAAUCAUCCUUGAUCAAUUUUCCGUCUUAUUUACUAAGACAAGAUCUCUCAAUUCAAGUCAGAGCUCACCAAUACAGAGAAUCUUACUUACUAGCCACCUUACUUGAGAGAUCCUGCAAAUUCAGGGCGCACACACACGCACACACACUUACACAAACACACAUGCACCCACACACAGGCAACAUGUGCAUAUGUAUUUGUAUAACACACACACAUGAAAAGGUGGGCAGUUUCUUUCCUAAUAUGGGCAUUUCUGUGCUGACCAUCAGAGCUCAGUGGAUACCAGUGACAUCAUAAAGUCUGUGUGGUAACAGAAACCUUUCCUGAAGAGAUAAAUACAUGUGUAGUUCAGAGGGUUGGUUAUUGUGAGAGACCCAGGCCAGAAGAGCUGUGGAGUUCAGCCAGUGUCUUCAAACGAGGACCAUGGCUAGAAGAAGAUCCAGAGGAAACAUCUCCUGCAAAGGCAACACCUCCUACAGAAACAAAAUCUCCAGCAGACGCAACAUCUCCCGCUCCACCAGAGCAGAGCUUCAAUUUCCUGUUAGUCGGGUAGACCACUACCUGCGAGAGGGCAAGUAUUCCCGCCGCCUGAGCUCUUCUGCACCAGUAUUCCUGGCAGGUGUGCUCGAGUUCAUUGCAUCGAACAUCCUGGAUCUGGCUGGCGAGGAGGCCCACACCCACGGCAGGAAGCGCAUCACCCCAGAACACGUGUAUCAAGUGGUAGAGAACAACGAGCAGCUCCACGAACUCUUCGGAGACCCCAGAUCUGUGGAUGAAGAGAAGUCAGAACUCAAUGAGAACUAA